AAAAUAUUAUUAAUGUAAAUCUUCAUAAUGAAUUAAUUAAAAAUGCUAUUUUAAAAGAAUUACAUGAAAGAGGAAAAAUGAAUGAUUUAAUGUCGUAUGAACAAGUAAAAAACAUUGCUGUUAUUAGUGAACCAUUUACUAUUGAAAAUGGUUUAUUGACUCCCACCUUCAAAAUUCGACGAUAUGCUGUUGAAAAAAAAUAUAAGCAAACAUUAGAAGGAUUGUAUAAAAAUUUACAAUAUAACGUCUCGCUGUAA